UGAAUGAAUCAUUAAUAGCGUUAAAGUGUAGCGUGGCGCGAGAUUUUCUCGAAUAUUCUAGAGCGUCUUUUUAUUAAAUCGAACCUAUACCCAUACAUUAGUAUACCACAUACUAGCGCCAUGAUUGGCCAGUUUUCAACGGCAGUAAAGCGAACACCGUCAUACAGGAAAGAUCUUUUUCUAACAUAACUCAUAACUCACCAACUCAGCUACUAUUCCUCGUAAGAGUUGUAUCUGCUCGACAUCACUCCGACAUUAUCGUGCAUCUCGUGUCUUGUCCAGAUAAUAAUUUAUAAAUAAAUUAUCAUAUAAAUAAAUAAAACUUUCACUAACCGAUCAACGUUUUAUCAACGAAUUAACUUAAAUAACAUAGAUAUUUUAUUUAUUAAACAGAUAAAUAAAUAAAAUAAAAGGUUUUACUGUGAUCAAGUUGAUCAGAAAGUAAAUUAAUUUAACGUGGUGGCGAUCAUUGUGAUUCGAGAAGGAGAAAAAUAAAAUAAAAACGAGCUGUUACUAUGGCUGCUAUGUCCGUCAUCGGGAUAGAUUUUGGUAACGAUAGCUGUUAUGUUGCCGUUGCCAGAGCCGGUGGUAUUGAAACAAUAGCUAAUGAUUACAGCUUAAGAGGCACACCAUCAUGCGUGGCAUUUAGCGAAAAAAAUCGUAUCCUUGGUGUUGCGGCCAAGAAUCAAAUGGUAACUAAUAUGAAAAACACGAUUUAUGGAUUCAAGAGACUGUUGGGAAGAAAGUACAAUGAUCCUCAAGUUCAACAGGAACUAAAAAAUCUAAAUUAUUAUACUUCUGAACUACCUGACGGAGGGAUUGGUAUUCAUGUACAAUAUUUGAGAGAAGAACAUGUUUUUACACCAGAGCAAAUAACUGCAAUGUUGUUUACUAAAUUAAAAGAAAUAUCUGAACAUGCUCUCCAAACAGCCGUAAAUGAUUGUGUCAUCUCAGUACCUUCGUAUUUCACUCAAUUCGAACGUCAUGCUCUUCUGGAUGCUGCACGUAUUGCUGGACUAAAUGUGCUCCGUUUGUUCAAUGAAACAACAGCAACUGCACUCUGCUAUGGUAUUUACAAGCAAGACUUACCUGCACCGGAUGCUCCUCCGCGAAACGUUGUUUUUGUUGAUUGCGGUUACGCAAGUCUCCAAGUUAGCGUUUGUGCAUUUAACAAAGGAAAACUUAAGAUGUUGGCUUGCUGCUCAGACAGCAAUUGCGGGGGAAGAGAUAUUGAUCGUAUUCUUGCUAAUCAUUUCUGUAAAGAUUUCCAAGCUCGUUACAACAUUGAUCCGCUUAAUAACCCCAAGGCCUAUAUUAGAUUGCUCGCUGAAGUUGAGAAAUUAAAAAAACAAAUGUCAGCAAAUUCAACCAAGCUUCCGAUUAAUAUUGAAUGUUUUAUGGAUGAAAAAGAUGUUCAUGGUGACAUGAAACGUGAAGACAUGGAGACUAUUUGUCAUCAUCUUUUUAAACGUGUUGAGGCAGUAUUAAAAAAGUGCCUUCACGAUUCUGGAUUGAAAUCUGAAGAUAUUCAUUCUGUGGAAAUUGCCGGUGGGUCUAGUAGAAUUCCAGCUCUAAAACGAUUGGUAGAGGAAGUAUUUGGAAAAUCAGCAUCAACAACAUUAAAUCAAGAUGAAGCAGUAGCACGUGGAUGUGCACUCCAAUGUGCCAUGUUAAGUCCAGCUGUACGUGUUCGAGACUUUUCCGUUACUGAUAUUCAGCCGUAUCCGAUUAAAUUAUCAUGGGAUCCAGUAGAGGGCGAACAAGGAGAGGUUGAAAUAUUCGGUUACAAUCAUCAAUUCCCAUCCUCAAAGUAUUUAACUCUUAAACGUGAUCGUCCAUUUACUUUAACUGCCAGCUACGCAACACCAAUCCCUACAUAUCCAGAUAUUCAUAUGGGAGUAUUCCACAUAAAAAAUGUUAAACCCACCCCUGAAGGUGAGCCUUCAAAAGUUAAAAUAAAGGUCCGACUAAAUUUAAACGGUAUACUAACAAUUGCGUCAGCAUCAAUGACCGAGAAACGGGAGUUGACUCAAGAAGAGAAAGAAGAAGAAGAAAAACAACAACAACAACAACAACAACAGCAGCAGCAAGCUACAAUGGAGACAGAUCCUACAGCGCAACAGCAAGACAAACCUGAUCAAGAUGCUCAGGCUAACGAACCACCAGCACCAGAGGGUGAUGAUAAGGGUGAAGACAAAGGUAAAAAGAAAUUACCAGUACGUUCAAUAGAUCUUCCUAUUGAAAUUCAUGCCGGAGGACUAUCGCAGAAUGAAUUAGAUACUGCUAUGGAAAAAGAGGGUAAGAUGGUCGCUGAAGACAGACAAGAGAAAGAAAGAAUUGAUGCUAAAAAUGCUCUAGAGGAAUACGUGUACGAUUUGAGAGGUAAAAUUUCUGAUGAAGAUCAGUUGGGACCGUACGUUACUGACAAUGAACGAGAAGCACUCAGCCGAGUUCUCGAUCAAGUUGAAGACUGGCUGUACGGAGAUGGUGAAGAAUGUAAUAGACAAGUUUAUGUUGAUAAAUUAACUUCAUUAAAGGCACAAGGAGAACCCAUUAAAGAAAGAAAACAAGAAUACGAAGGAAGAAAAUUAGCUGUCAAUGAUUUAGCUGGUGCUUUACAAAUUGCAAAAAAGACUUAUGAAAAUAUAAAAGCAUCGUUAGGUAAAGAUGACAAAUACUCACAUUUGACUGAAGAUGAGCUCAAACAAGCUGCAAAAACGAUACAAGACAAAUGGACGUGGUUAGAAGAAGCACGUGUCGUUAUGGCUGGUACGGCACUUACACAAAUGUGCAGUAUCACUGUAGCACAAAUUCGUAGUGAGAAACAGGCGUUAGAUAAUGUCGUUCAAUCAAUUCUCAACAAACCAAAGCCUAAAGUAGAACCACCGAAAAAUGAUAAAUCAAAAGACAAAACUGCUGAUGAACAUAAAAAUCAUCAAAAUGCCCAAGGUGACGGUCCUAACCAGAAUAAUCAACAACCCACGAAAGACGAAAAAAUGGAUGUCGAGUAACAAUUAUAAUUUCCUGCAUUUAUAUAUAUAUACAUAUAUAUAUAUAUAUAUAUAUAUAUAUAUAUAUAUAUAUAUAUAUAUAUAUAAACAUAAAAUCAUUCGGAAAAAAAAACCAUCUAACAUUAAUUAAUUGAAUGGAUACUAAUUAUGACGAGUACUUAAAAAGUUAUAAAAUAAUUUAUUCUCGUCACUACACACAAGCGUUUGAGCCUCACGAUUAAUAUUUGAUGACCACACUUUUUACUACAUUACAUAAUUUAUAUAAAACCAUUUACAAUAGUGAUAAUCAUUUUUUUUUUUUUUUUUUUUUUUAUUUUUUCUUUUUUUUCGUUACUCGUUUUAUAUCUCGUCACUCUAACAUUAGAUAACUAAAAACUUUUUCUACUACCUCACUCGAGUGUUAUCGUUUUUGAAACAUUUAGAAAAAAUAAAAUCGUUGAAAAAUUUAUCGUCUAAUUUAAGUUUUCUUGGGUAAGAAUUGAUAAGUUGAAAUAAAUAAAUAAAAUGGAAAAAAAAAAUUAUAAUGUCAAUAUUAUUAUAAAUAAUCACAAUAAAAUAAAUUAAUUAAUCAUUACCACUAAUAGUAACUAUAAUAUUGGCCUUAUUUUAUUGUGAGGACUGUGACAAAUAUCAGACGCUGUCUUUACCGAUAGUAAAAAAAAAUAAUAAAUGAUAUUUAAUUAAUUAACUAAACAAAUUAAAUUAAGGUUUAAAUAUGUCGCAGCUUAUAAACGUACAAAAACAUAACAAGUGUUACCUCGCUAGCAAAAUUUAAACAAAAAAUUAAUAAAAACAAAAAAAAAAUGGUUUAAAUAAUGUCGCAGGCGAUUAACGUAUUUAAUAGUAGUAUCAUUACAUAUUAUUCAUUCCACCUACUGAAUAAUAAGGAUGAAGUAAAUUUAAAUUUACUUUAAUUAAUGGUACAUGUGUGUUGCAUUUAUUAAGUAUCCUUUAAAUAAAUUCAUUAAUUAUUCAAUUAUAUAUUUGAUUUUAUAAAUCACUAGUAGCAAGUUUUGUUAUUCACUAGAGUUAAAAUCAAUUUAUUAUUAAUAUAAUUAUUAUUGUAACUAUUUAAUUAAUUAGGUAUCAUCUAAUAUCGAUAAUAAAUGGUGUACAUAAUUAAUUGACACUUU